UCUAAAGCACAUCCAUCAUGGGGUCCGUGAUUAAGCAUGCUAGUUGUUUGCUUGCCAUUCACGCGUUGAGCGGAGUAGCGAGGACGUAACGGCGGAACGGAAGCACUAACAAGAUCUAUUUUCCGUCCUAUCAUCGUGUGCAUAUUUGAUUUAUUUUUAAACUACGGCGACGUUUGGCUGCUGCGGUGUAAUCGGGACUUGUUAUGGGAGAGCCAUGGACACGCGGGGCUGUCAGUAACAAUGUCCGAGUGAGAGGACCCUGAGUGACAGCUGAGUGAUGUCGUCGCACAGGUGAGGAAGGAGCCAACAGGUGAGGAAGGAGCCAACAGCUCAAUCUGAAUCAUGCCUGGAAAACUAAAAGCCAAAAUUGUGGCAGGGCGCCACUUGCCUGUAAUGGACAGAGCAAGUGACCUUACAGAUGCUUUUGUAGAGGUCAAGUUUGGAAAUACAACAUUCAAAACAGACGUCUGCCCCAAAUCCCUCAAUCCACAGUGGAACUCGGAAUGGUUCAAAUUUGAGGUGGACGAUGAGGACCUGCAGGAUGAGCCACUGCAGAUCACAGUGUUGGACCAUGACACUUACAGCGCAAACGACGCCAUUGGCAAGGUUUACAUCGACAUCGACCCACUGCUGUGCAGUGAGGCCGCCUCCGUCAUCUCUGGCUGGUUUCCCAUCUACGAUACUAUCCAUGGUAUUCGUGGGGAGAUUAACGUCCUCGUCAAAGUGGAGCUCUUCAACGACUUGAACCGCUUCAGACAAUCGUCCUGUGGAGUCAAGUUCUUCUGCACCCCAUCCAUUCCUCGCUAUUACCGUGCGGUGAUGGUCCACGGCUUUGUGGAGGAACUAGUGGUGAACGAAGAUCCGGAGUAUCAGUGGAUUGACCGCAUCAGAACUCCUCGAGCCUCCAACGAAGCUCGCCAAAGGCUCAUCUCUCUUAUGUCUGGAGAGCUGCAGAGGAAAAUAGGGCUCAAAGUACUAGAGAUGGGGGGGAACGCCGUGGUGGGCUACCUGCAGUGUUUUGACCUGGAAGGAGAGUCGGGCCUGGUUGUGCGGGCCAUAGGUACCGCAUGCACACUGGACAAACUCAGCUCCGGAGGCACGGGCAACAUCCCCUCCACCAUCACCACGACACACAUCCACCCGAGCACCGCUCCUGCCUCCAACGCCUGCAAUUCCCCUUCUAAGGAUGGAAAGGAGCCGGUAUUUGGUGAGGACCUUCCCUCGUCAUCCGGCCCGCCUACCCCUUUCAAAGCCCUUCCCACCUCCUCGUCCUCUCCUCCCCCCUUCUCUCCUUCCAAGCCAUGCAGCCGCCAGUCCUCAUCAUCAGACACAGACCUCAGUUUGACGCCCAAGACGGAGGAGCCCCAGCCUGUGAGACGUAGACCCGGCAUCUUCUUCUGCCCCAGCUCCCCUGUCCUUUCCACGGGCACUCUGUCCUUCUCUGGCUCAGUGGGCAAUGGUCCUGGAUGUUCCCACAGAGCCGCCGCCGCCCUGUCCCCUCCUACCUCCACCCACUCAGAUUCUGCCUUGCUGAGAAAGAGCGUGUCCUUCACUGAGGACUUUCUGCUGGCAGCCUCGGGAAUGGGCAGUGGGGGCAGUGCCGGCAAGGAGGCGGGACCCCUGAAGACGCUGCUUAGACAACAGACGCAGACGGCUCUCGAGCAGAGGGGAGCCUCCUCCUCUGGGUUAUUGUUAAACGCCAGGGAAUUCCCCUUCUUCACGUUGACAUCUUUCCCACCUGGGUUUCUGGUCCAUGUCGGCGGAGUGGUCAGCGCUCGCUCGGUCAAACUAUUAGACCGCAUACACAACCCUGCCUUGGGUAACACGCGCUCAUACAAACUGCUUGACUGGAAUAGUGUCACGGCAGACGAGCCAGAGACCCGUGAUGCCUGGUGGGAGGAGAUACGACAGGAGAUCAAGUCACACGCCAAAGCUCUUGCUUGCCACGCUGUUGUUGGAUACAGUGAAAGCACCAGCAUUUGCGAGGAGGUGUGUAUCCUGUCAGCGUCUGGCACGGCAGCCAUCUUGAAUCCUCGCUACAUGCGUGAAGGCUGUUUGGACGUUGGAAGCACAGAACACAGGUUCGAGGAGCCGGCUCCUCCGAGUUGUGGCUUCUGUCACAUACCCUACGAUGAGUUCAACAUGCCCUUCCCCGCCCAGCUCACAUAUUGUUACCUCUGCAGACGACAAAAGGUCCCGGAUGUUCUGUUCACAACAAUCGAUCUGCCUUCAGAAGCGGCUGUCACAGGGAAAGGAUGUCUCAUUCAGGCAAGACUGUGCCGCCUGAAAAAGCGAGCCCAGGGGGAAGUCAAUGCGACGGCCAUCUCCAACCUGCUUCCUUUUAUGGAAUACGAACUGCACACUCAGUUGAUGAACAAGCUGAAGCUGCGUAGCAUGAACGCCCUGUUUGGCCUUCACAUACAAAUCAGUAUGGGCGAGAACAUGCUGCUCGGUCUCGCUUCCGCCACAGGUGUGUACCUGACUGCCCUGCCCGCACCAGGAGGCAUUCAGAUCGCCGGGAAGACUCCGGGCGACCUGAGCAACGAGCACCACAUUUUGACAAUCCAGAAAAGGAUCAAUGACACUAUAGGAAAAAACAAAGAGCUCUAUCAAAUCACUCCUCCGAAAUUAUUUACCCUGGACCCAGAGGUGCUCUGCGACAUAAACAUGGAUCCCACAGAGGAACUGGUGGGCUCUCCGAUCCCUGAGCCCAAACAAAGAAACCGACUGUUCCGCUCCCACUCUGAAAGCUCAGACGAACUGUCAGAACUGGACCUCUCUCACGGCAAGAAGGAUGCGUUUGUGCUAGAGAUUGAUGACACUGAUGCUGUGGAGGAUAUUCACUCCCUACUCACCGACGCCUCUCCUCCCUGUGGUUUCCACAGCUGCAACACUGAGAUCAUGCCUGGGAUUUAUAACUGGACUUCAGGAGUACAGAUGUUUACAUCAGUGAGAGUCUUAAGGUUGAGUCAUGCCAAUCUCACCAAUCAAGGCUUGAACAAGAUUUUCACUGACCUGUGUGAGAACCUGCUGAAGAGUUUUUACUUCAAGUUGCGCUCUAUGAUCCCCUGCUGUAUUUGUCAUCUCAACUUCACUGUGGCGGUACCCGAAGAAGAACUUAUACAGGUUGCCGUGACGGCGGUUGCCAUGACAUUUGACACGGACCAGAUCCAGGAGAAGACUGCAGAAAAGCCCAUCGCCAAAGUGUCCGGUGAGACUGAGGAGCAGCUGCAGUUCCCGCUGGAGCUCUGCGCCGAUUCCCCAUCCGCUAACAUUCAGGCGCCAUCCAAAAUCUCAGGUGUCUCAGGGAGUACUGCUGUGUCAUCCAGAGCUGCCUCCGUUGAUUACGGUUCCUUUGCAGACAGAUGCAGCACCUGGAUAGAGCUGCUUAGGCUGAAAGCUCACACCAUAAGACGAGGAUCAGUUAAGACAAUCUCGUCAUUGGAACGCUCCAGUCCGCUGACGGAGAGUCGCUCCCGCUCGCUGCGCUCCAACCGCUGCUCCUUUGGGGGAAGUUCGGUCACCGUGGUGAAGAUGACGCCGCUUUCCUUCCUCCCGGGACUGCGGAUUAUUAAAUACUUGGGCAUCAUCAACAUGUUCUUCAUUCGAGAGACGACGUCGCUACGAGAGGAAGGUGGCGUCAGCGGCUUCCUGCAUUCCUUCAUAGCGGAGGUGUUUGCCAUGGUUCGAGCCCACGUAGCCGCCCUGGGGGGUAAUGCGGUGGUGUCCUACAGCAUGAAAGAGUGUAUGCUCAUGGAAAAUCCAAACAAGAACCAGGCCCAGUGUCUCAUCAACGUGAGUGGCGAUGCAGUCAUUUGCGUGAGGGAAAGCGACCAGGAGCCCACGUCCUCCACCAGCAACACGGGACAGACGUGCAGUGCCGGCCUUGAAGGAGUUGCAUGACCUCUUCCUCCUUCCUUCUCUCAUGCAACUCAGUCUAGCCGUCCAAAUGCCAGCAAUUUAUGUCUGCCUUAACUUUGUCAAAUGUCCCAAAGUUGAGGCACAAGUAAGCAAGAUGUUUGAACAUGCGCACAAAAAGAUGCACUAAUGGGAGUGAGGAGUGUAAAUAAAAACUGACUGCUUCAUGUCA